AUGUCCCCACCUGCGAAUCCUUCCCAGCACAUUCAACCCUUCCAGCAGGCGAUAGUGGACAUCAUGACGAUGCUCGGCCUGACCCCUUCCGCGACCUGCACUUUCCGGGGGACUACCCGUCCCUUCGUGCCGCGCACGGCCUGCAGGGCUCGCCAGGCCAUCAAGACGCCCACUCGUGCCAUAGCGGAGGUCAACCUGGUCGUCGGGGGCGCCACCUUUGCUGCCCUUGCCCUCGGAAGGUUUGUAUUCCUUCCCUUCCACCGCGACAACCUGGCACGGCAGGGUCUGCCCCGUCAGAACGGCAUCACCCAUGCCGAGGCUGGCGACAGAGGUGCGGAGGAGGCGACCUUCCUGCUGAAGACGAACGAUCCCGCUGGCUUCAACAUCAUCGAUGUGCUGGCCUGGGGCGCCCUCGGCCAUGCAGCAGCUUUCUACCUUCUGGCCACGACUUCUCUGAACAGCGCAGCUGGACCCCCGGUGCCCUUCUAA